CACACACACACACACACACACACACGCACACCUGUCAGCCAGGUACAGACGACAGACGAGAACACACACGCUUUUCUCCGUGUCAAAGUUUUUCACCUGGUUCUUUUCCUUGGAGUUCUCCUCUUAUCAGCUGGACUAUGCCCCGCUCUGUGGACUGAGGGGCUUGGACUGCAGGGAACCAUUUAUCCACAAGCAGGUGUGAUCGAACAGCACACUGGUGAAGAUGCAAGCCGCCACAGAUUCUCCUGUGACCAACUCCACCACGGCUGUAACCAAGUCAAGACAGCAAAUCCUCAUCCAGAGUUCGGGCGCCAUGAUUGCGGUUAUCGUCAUCGGCAUCAUAAUCAUCCUCAGCCUACUACUCAUCAUACUGAAGACAUAUAACAAGAAGAUGCAUACAAGUAGAUUACUCAAUGGGACUGCCAGCAACACGAGGAAAACCACCACCUCAACGACGACAUUGCAGAUGCAGAACAUUCGAGGCAGUUCUCACUCGGGAGGCUUGGCACACUUCAACAGCAACUUUCAAAACGGGUUCCGUUUGCCACGAGCCGAGGUGUCCAGCAUCGCCGAGCAGGCCAGCACCAACAGUGGCUCCACUGUGGCCACGAUACACAGCACACCAUCAAUGGAGAACACGUAAAAAAUAUAUAUAUAUAAACAAUAAUAAAUUUCAAAAGUGUCUUACAUGGGCUCCAUUGUGAUGUUUGAUGAGAACACCCCCCACCCCUUGGAAUGAACAAACUGACCACAGGAUAUGGAAAAAAGGAAGACCCAACACUGAACUAUUAAGACAAACAUGAGCACCUCCACCAGCCAGAAGUUGUCAGUGGACAUUUUGUACAAAGAAAAAAAAAAAAGACGUCAGACGGUGGUUAAAUGGACCAGAGGGAACUCUCAGAGCCGAGCAUGGACAUACAGUAUGGACCACCGGGGACGUUUAGGGUUCAUUACGGCUCUGAGAAAACCAUUUCAGUGUUCUGUUAACAUGUUUGAAGGACCAGUGGUCAUUUCACCUUAAAACCCCACUUUGUGAUCCCUGGAAAAAUGAAACUUCAAAAUCCACUUUUUAUCACGGGGACGUCGCAAAAUGUCAUGACUGAGUAAAUAAUAACGUGUGAUAUCACAUAAUCAGUUUCCUUUAAGUCUAAGUGGAACGUAAUUGUAACUAGUGCCAAUUAGCACCAACAGUAAUGAUGUUGUUUAAAAUAAAGAACAGCAGAAAACUCUUUUAGUCUUAAAACAGGUGUU